AUGGUGGACAGCGCCAUCGAAAGCCCGAAUCCGUUGCUUUUAUGCAAGUUACAAAGCGGAAAGUUUCUGGUUGACGCGCUCCAAAGUCUACCUUCGGCAGCUUCUCUCUCUAGCGACCUGGUUCUUGUGGUGGUUCCACGCAACCAGAACGGACUGCGCUUUGUCGUACAAGAGUCUGGUUAUUUUCAGGCGUGUGUGACGCUACCGCGGGAGCUGUUCACCUUAUUCGAGUGUCACCCGCCGGCAGAUGUCGUCGAGGACACUGCUUUUCAGGUUCCACGGACAGAGCUACUGACCUGUCUGCAACUGUUCGUGGGUUGUACAGGUCCGGUGGAUAGGUCUGCACUCGGGGCACCGCUGCGGAUGCUGUACCAGCGACGGGGAAGCCCGCUGCAGUUGUUGCUCCAGAUCGAUCCAACAAGCUACCUGGACUGUGAAGUGCAGACAGCAGCACAAGUUCCGCUCCAUGACUUUGAGUUUCUUCAGGUGCCGAUUUACAAUGAUGCUGUAAUCAUGAGUCGAGUACUCGCGAUCUGUCUCGCCGAACUCGACUACACCGGAGCGGCUGCAGCGCAACUAAGUAUGGUACCCUAUCCUUGCCCAGGUUUGCGGAUGCAGGCGCUCGGCGAUCAAACCGUGUCCAAUGUGCGCGUCCAGAUACCUUUUUUUGGCACAGGAGACGACGAACCCGCUGAGGACGUUGCCUUUCUCGAGUUUGAGUGCGUUCAGGAGCAGACUGUGGCCUAUAGUGCGCUGCUGCUCAAGAGAUGUCUGCGAGCACUUCAGCGCGCCGAUCUUGUUCGUCUCCGAAUGAAUGCGAAUGAUGUACUUCAUAUGACAGCUCGAGUGCCGCUGCCAACAGGGCACGGAUUCCGCAACUCUGUGAACCGUAAGACAAAUGCUGUGGUGGAGGUGGCGCUGGCGGCCUCAGAAGGCGCCUUCCCUGCCUCACAACAUUGUUUUUUUGAGUUUUUAGUCGCACCGUUGGCUUUCGUUCCCGGUGCACAGCCUGGAGCGAGCCUUGCGGCAAACGAAGAAGAUCCGCAUGAUAUGGCGGCUGCUCGUGAAUGCGCACCGGACUUGGGAGCACCCGGGAGCAAUGAAGCGCUUGACGUCUCGUAA